CGAUGAGCUCAAAUGAAAAUUACACAUGAAAUGGUGACGUUUUACACAAGGACAAAAACAAUAACAAAGCCAGCUGAUUUCACGACGCCAAAUUUAGAAUUCUUUAUGCAAUCACCAAAGAAAGACACAUACUUUAUCAUUUUAUUAAAAGAAAGCACCAACAAGAUAAAAGACUACUCAUGACAGAUGCAACCCUCUCAACUGACAGAUGGCAAACUCCCACUGUUUGUCUUCCCAUCAAACCUGACAUUUUAUUCAGAUGACCAGUCAUCACAUAAACAAAUACUGACUGUGUAUAAUCCUUAUGACUCUCCUUUAAAGUUUAAAGUGUUGUGUACAGCACCUAGAAGAUACACAGUUGUUGAUUCAGAAGGAACUAUUAGGCCAAGAUGUUGUGUUGAUAUAGUUGUGAGACAUAUUGAUAUUAAUAUAAACAAUGAAGGGGUCGAAGAUAAAUUCAGAAUACAAGUGGUGGAACAUGGACAAAAGAAAGUUAUUGGAAAGAAAGAAAUUAUAUCAGUAUUGCUGCCUAAAAAAGAAAGAUCUGUACAACCAGAGGAAAACUUCCAGUCUCUGCCUUCAUCUACAUUGCCUGCUGAUAGAUCUCAAAGCCUUUCAUCCAGACCAAGUAGAUCUGAGAACAGUGGUGGACCCAGUCUGUUUGUGAUUAUUACUGCCCUAGUUUGUAUUAUUGCCCUCAUGCUACCACAGCAGGGAGAUAUUGCUUCCCGUCUUCCAGACUACUUGCAUUUGUCAGUACCACAGAAACUUAUAGCUGCAUAUAUUUUAGGAUUGGUUACUAUGGUGAUAUUACAUGUGUAGUGAAUGAAUGAAGUUAGUGAUGCUUUGCCUUUUUUGAAGCUACCAUUUUGUGAUACAGUGUUUUUAUUACUGUUUUAAUUGACAUAUUUAUAAAAGCCCUCUGGUCUUGUUUAAGGGUAAACUUUUUUAUUGGUAUUAUCCAAAACAAACUUAAACCUAUGUUUAAUAACAAUUACAAUUUCUGAUUACUUAGUUACAAAUGUAUAUAUGCAUGCUUGCUAAUGACUGAAUUUUCAGCUCCAUGAUAUGUUUUGUAAAGAUAUUUAAAAAAUUUCCAUAAACCAUGAAUUGAAUAUGGCAUUCGUAGAACAUUAUAUCUUUUUGUUAGCAGCAUCUUGAAAUGACUAUCAGGAAAUGGAAUAGAAUAAUCAUUCAUGAGAACAUUUCUAAACAAGUAUUUAUAAAGAAGGGAGAUAAUUCAUUAAAUAAACUUAAAUAUUUAGAAAUUUCAAAUGCAAAUAUGACCUCAAACAUAUAAUAAAUGAAGAAGUGGCAAUUAUUUAAAGUCAGAAGGACCUUAUAAUACAUAUAUGUAGUGGCUGUUUGGGUCUUGAAAGUAAAAAUAUCAUGAAAUAUACAGAAAAUUUAUUAAUUGGAGAGUAUGACAUUAAUGGUUUAAAUAAUAUUUUCAAGUUUUUUUGUUGGUUUUAGUACAAUAUUUGUAUGAUUUAUUUCUCUGUACUUUUGAUUUUAUUUCAUCGUAAGAUCAGUAAGUCUUCUGUUUUCAAAAAAAUACUUGUUACGUAGUAUUUACCAGUGUUUGAUUCAUCUUGAAAAAUGAUCAUCAUUUUAGCAUUUGAAUAAGUGAGUAACAACUUUUAUUUGGACCAAUUGAUUGCAGAAUGUGUUGUUUGUGAAAUAUUUGUGUUCAUAACUUAUAAAGUACAUUUAGUAGUAUCAUAUAAACCUUAAUUUGUUGUAUGUAGUAUUGUAUUUUAUUUAUAUGCAUUCUGAACAUGUGCAAUAAAUGUGUUUUAAAACAA